AUGCAUGGAGAAAUACUGCUGAUUCGGUUUUCAGAUCUUUGUCCGCCUCUCGAGUCGGCGCUGAUAGACGUCAUCAACAGAGGUUACAACAAGCCGCGAGACAGGUACGGAGUAAUUGACACGCCGCGGAUCAAGCACUCGCUGCUCAGGGAUCUGAAUAUCAAAGAUCCAGAGCAGUCGUAUCUUGCGCUGUUCCUGGCACCUAAAAGCGACACUUUGAUAGAGAGAGACGAUACUGCCGCCGAGGCGACCAACAAGUUCAUCAGCAAGUUCCCGGAAAUGAGUUUCCCAACACGUGUCAGCCAGCUGGACGACUACUCGGAUGUGGAGUCGCGCAUACUGGGAACAGUCGGGAUUAGGAAAAUAGAUAGGGGCCACGAGCUGACCGCAUUCACGUCGUUCUACCCGCAAUUGUCGGGCAAGAUGAUGGAUUUCAUCCACGGAGUGGGCAAAAACGUCGGCUCGAAAACAAUUGUCGCAGACGUGAUUGCAGAGCACAAUCUGGUGGAGUUUUACGAAAAACACCAGUACAGAGAAGUACGCCGCAUUCCGUGCAAGAUAGACAAGCAGACUAAUUUGGUGAUUGGAUCUGUGAUGGAGGACGGCGUCAAGGCCAAAAAGGACUUCACGAUGGUGGAGAUGGAACGGGUGUUGUAG